CAGUUCUCUGCGCGCCCGCAGUGCCUUGCGAGCCGACAAGCAUCGACGCAGUGUCCGCUGGGCGAAUCGACAGUCGUCUUGAUCUCCGACGAGGCCGUCUUGAGCAUCGUGCACGCAUACCCUGGCCAAGUCCGCUGGUGGAGCAGCGUGUAAGCCCCAGCUAACAGCCACACUUGGGUUGCAGGUGAGCCGGGCGUCAUACAACACGCGUCGACAUUACUUUAUUGCUUCGCCGUGCUCGCGGGACCGAGCUUUCUAUAUAACUAUUGUCGGAUCCUUGCCAGCUUGACGCCUGCGCCCUCUUUCUGCCCCUCUUUCCCUUGUCCGUUUGUUUAUCAUGGCCCAAGGCACCCCGCCUAGCCUGGCAGUCAACGGUAUUGCAGCGCCCGCCAUGGACAAUACGCCCUCCGUGUCCAACUUCGGCGAGCCUCAGACCACAGACGCAGGGCGACCGGGCCCGCGACGAGUAGACACCAGCUACACAAUGGUGUCCAUGAUGUCGGUGCCGCCCGAGGGGUCCAUCUUGACCGGCAAGCAGGAGCACUACCUCAAGCGCGAACUCAUCUCCCAGCAAACCCAGUUUGAAAUCUCCGAACUCUCGUCUCCCACUGCCCUCAAGCGCUUCGGCGCACCCUUCCACUCAGACGCCGGCGAAAUCGCUCCAGAAGACUCCGAGCUCCCACUGCUGCGCUACAUAUUCGUCAACCAUGUGCGAAAUUUCCCGUUCCUGGACAAGGCCAAGGAGAAGGAGUUCUGGCAAGACAAACUGCAAGUGUUUCUCCAGUCGUUCGCAAGCAAAGACAUUUCGUCGUCGGAAGACCGCCUCGAAGAGACGAAACGAAGGAAGCUAGCGCUAAAGGCAGAGAAGUUGGUUGAGCUUAUGAUGGUCUCUGGAAUUCCCACUGCGUCCGGCUACGAGGAGAGGAUCCGCUUCUCAGAGAUGGAGAUUGUUGAGCGAGGCGCAAAUGAAGAGGGUCUACACAUGAAUGCGCCAAGUGGACACUUCAUUAAUGGCUGGGAUGUCAACGUCGCUGGCGUGCGCACUACAUCUGUAAAAAAGCAUCUCCGAUAUCACACACAUGCGGAAUAUCUCAUUAGAGUCAAGCAAAGCGACGAUCGAGAAAUCUACGUUGGUCGACGUUACCAAGACUUCGUCAACCUCCACAAGCGCAUACGUCUCGAGCUCCCUGGAAAAGUUCUGCCUCCGCUCCCUCGCAAGAAUAAGAAAGAUUCAAUUCUGAGUUCGAAUAAAGACGACGACGAUGCGAGCUCCAUCUCAUCAGUCUCGACCCAAGGUCCAGCACCCGACACCUACCUGAAGACCGAUGGCGGCGGUGGAGGAUUGCGAAGCUACCUCUGGGGCGGCGGCCACAAGAAGAAUGCUUCACAAACAUCACUCGAGCCUCGAGGAGCACGGUCCCCGCGUGCGUCGGGAGAAGGCUUCGGAUACCAACCGUCGCGCACUCUCUACCGCGAAGAGCAGCGUGUCUCACUACGAGCUUUCCUUCGAUCGUUCCUAAAUAAUGAGAGGAUUGCACAUUCAAACGCUAUGGCUGAUUUCCUCACGCACGAUCCUAUCGAAAUUAACGAGGAAGAAAUGGACGAUAUCGAGAGGCGCAUGAUCAUGGACGAGAAGCGCAUACAAGAGCAGAAGCAAUUCUACGAAGUAGCUCGGAAACGUGCCGCCGAGCUCGACAUACACAUGGAGAAGUUCAGGCGAGAGAUUGUUGAAAGAAACGGCCUUUCCCACCUCUUCCAGGAGAUCAGGGUGAAGAACUCGAUAUCGCAGCUCAAACCGGAGUACCAGAAGUUCGCAGAGUGGUUGCGAAUAGAGGUUGCAGCUACCAUCUACCACCUCUUCUUGGCUGAAGACAACUCGCCGGAACUCUUCGCACAGGCGAAACGGAUACAUUCACUCGUACCUUAUGGAGUGUUGAAGAACGUCAUCAGGAUUGCUAACCCGGCAGCGGUAAUGAGCGGCGUGCUUGAUUUGUUCCUUGCGCAACCGUUUGGUGCAAGAUCUUUGCUCCAGCGCAUCUUCGGUAUGGCCAUCAAUGACGGCGUUCAUUCUGUUCAGAAGACGAUCGACACCCUCGGCUCCACGAAAAUUAAGGACGAGGUUCUGUGCGCAAAGAUCAAAGCCUAUGUUGAAUCGGAUGAAGAUGUUAAACAGAUACUACGGCAAGAGGCAGAGAGCGAGCAGGUCGACAUUGUCGUGACGGUCCUACGAUCCGAUUUUUUCAAACCCGAGUUGAGCUCUCAGCAGGUGGAGAAGGUCUUUAAUGCUUACGUCGCGUGGAACAACGCGGUCGAAAAUGUGAGGCCGACUCGUCGCUUUAGCAGAAACAACAGCACUCGUAGCGUCAACAGCGUCCUUACUAAUGCGUCUGGUCAGAUCGACAAGGACUUGCGACAGGGCGCUGAACUCUUCGCGCAUCUCAAACAGUAUCUCAAGCUUUGUCUGAGACAACGAGACAAGCUCAUGAUGUUACAAAUCAUUGAGGAGCCCACCACGCUUCAACUCUUCCGCGACCUUUUCACCAUUUUCUACGAACCGCUUGUCCGCGUGUAUAAAUCUGCGAACGUGUACAACAGUAUCACUGACUUUGCCGUAUUCGUCGAUGACACGAUCAAGACCAUCGAAGCUUGUCAAAGACAGGAAGUCUCUGCAGAUCCUAACCAAACGGUUCAAGCUUUCAUCGAUCUUUGCGCGCGUCACGAAGAUAACUUCUACAAAUUUGUACACGAGGUCCAUAUCCAUGAUAACGGUCUCUUUGACCAGCUUAUGGGUUGGCUGGAAGGUAUCCUCGAGUUCCUGCGACACGGCCCUGACAGUGGCGGCAAGCUUGACAUGAAUGCUUUGUUCCAGGGAGGUAUGGACUCGGGCAGCAUUGAUAAGCGGAAAGCUAUCAGGGAGAUCAAUAGUUUGAUCAAGUGGCAGACCGCUCGCAAGAAGUGGCACCAGGACAAGACUCGACAGAAGAUGGCGAGUGCUGGUGAUGAGCCUGACCCUGUUUUAGGCGGCAUGGCAGGGUUCAAGAGCAGCGACUUUGGGCUUAAUGAGCUCGAUCUCCAAGAUCUCGAACUCGACGACGAUGCCACCGACUCCGACGAAGAAGAAGAGCUCGACGACGACGACGAUCCGAUCCAAGCCGAGCGCACAAGCCGCGCACGCGCGGCAGAUAAGCUCAAGAGGCGAGCGGGCGAGCCCAAGAAGCCGACGAUCGAAGAAAUCAAGAAGCUGCAUCCGAGUUUCCUGGCCAUGCUGAGGAGCGUGCUGGCGCGGUAGAUGCACUUUCAAACGAGCGAGAACUACGUAUUCCUAGAUGACACCUAAUGACAGCUGUAUAUGUGCAGAUGGCUGAAUGUCGACGUGAUGAGAACAGAUCUAUCUUAACGCGUUUUGUUGCCGUAUCUCUCAGCAAUCAGUGUGCUGAUCAGCCCAAAGUUUAUUGCACCUGCCUUGCAACAGAGACAGCAAGAGCGAGGGUACACAUGCUCGCAAGUGAUUUCCUAUGCAUCGUAUCAUCAUGAGUGACCGCAUCAUCAG